AUGAACGUUAAAACUACAGCGCAGUGGCGAGAUUUGCACUUGUUACAUGUACAUCGUGACACGUUACAGUGUGCAUUCAAUCGAUGUAUUGCCUGUUGUUACAAGAUUGUACUGUAUAGUCGUCCAGGAUUGUUACCGAAUGUGCGUCCAGAAAUGUGUCUACGAAUGGCAAAAGCUAAAGCACAGUCGCUAACUGAAAUUUCUACAUAUUGGAUUGGUCUCUACGAUGCAGUACAAGUGAAGCGAAUUUUGACAGUAGGAGACGGCAAUUUCUCGUUUUCUUUGUCACUUGCAAGAUCGUUAUGUCCAGAGUCAGGUGUACAGCUUGUUGUCACGUCGCACGAGAGUAAGACGACAGUCCUGGAGACGUAUCCAGACGGUGAAAAGAUUCUUGACGAGCUAAAUGCCAUGAGCAAUGUGACGGUAAAACAUGAAGUUGAUGCUACAGAUGCUGAGAUGAUAAAGACUUUGGGACACUUUGAUCGCGUUAUUUGGAACUUUCCGUGCGUUCGAGCACCACGAGGAGAGGAUGGACAAAACGAGGCGAUGGAGAUGAACAAGAAGCUUUUGCACGAGUUUUUUUCUCAUGUGGGUCAAGUACUGACAUCUUGUGGUGAAGUACAUGUCACACAUAAGACCAAGGCGCCAUUUGGUCAAUGGGGCAUUGACAACAUUGCCAAGACCAAUAAAUUUUAUCACAAACUCUCCGUCGUUUUUGAUCGAUGUUUGUACCCGGGAUACACGAACAAAAAGGUGCUCUCAAAGGGCUCAUUUCCUAUCUGGGAUUCACAGACUUUUAUAUUCGUUCCUGAAGAACGGACGCAAGUUCCAGCUGACGUCGCUAUACCUGACAAUGAGAAAAGCGACAUUAGACUGAUCGAGAUAGUGACCAUGGAUAUUCUCAAGAAAGUGUACAUACUGCUUACACCCUCGUUAGACGAAACGCUGGGCUCCAGGAAGAAGAGAGGGGGAUUCAGUGACAAGGGUGGUCGAAGCAGCAACAGCUACAAGGAUGUCAUUCGCAACCGUACAGACAGCAGAAAGGAUCAAAAGCGUAAACGGCUUGCUUCUGAUGGUCUAAACGGGUGCAAGCAACUGGGUAAGAAGAAAGGCCGCCGGUCAUGA